AUAGCCGAUUGUGUUUCAUCCUCCAAAGGCGGUAGUUCUAGGGUCGAGCUAAAAGGAACAGAGACAAAAUGUUUGAUUCUUUUCAGCCGGUUUAUCAUUCCGUUAAAUUGCAAAAUUGAUCCAGUGAAAUUGACCUGUAUCUCGUAAUUGCUCGCCUCCGUAAAAUUUGCCUCGUAAUUCCUUGGAUGGCAUACUCGUUGCUUUUACGUUAUAAAUUUUCUUCUUUUCAGCUUCGGUAUGUACUUUCACCCGUGCAGGUAUUCGUGAUUACGAGCUUUUCAAAUAAAACACAACACGGUCUCGUGAGAAUACGAUGGGUGCUGUUCCUUUUAAGAAGAUUCAAUCUUGCGAAAACUUAUCGGUCAUAACACGGAGGAAGAAUCUUCCAGGGGACAUCUGAUACUCCUAAAAAAAGAACAUGUAUGUACAUCUUCUUUACAUAUCGUGACAAACUUUUAACGACCUUGACAAAAACAUUUAAUUAUGUAAGCUGAUUAUAAACACGAUGUAGCUUUGUCGGCUGGGAUUAAAUCACUUAACGAGCAAUAAAAGUUAAUGUUUGAAUGCCUAAUUAAUGAAAGAGGAAUCGAUAGAAAUCCUGCGAACUCUGGAAGCUUAUAAUCAUUCAUCGCGAAGGGGAACGAGACGUCUCGUGCCUAGCAGCGAUAAUUAGCUUCUCGAUUUUCCAUGGCGACACUUUUCACGCUUUUAUUAUAAUUAUGCAUACUUCACGUAUCUAAUGCAGCUUAUAAUAUAGGUAUUACUGCUCCAAAUAAAAAAUAUAAUAAUGCUUUAAUUAUAUGAAAUUUCAAUAGGUUUGUUAUUCCUGACAUCCCCAGGAGAAGAAUGACCCUUCUAAAAGCAAAGUGAAAUUCACCUGUGGGACAAUGAACUUUUACCAUUUACUAUUUCUAUCUGUCGAUCUCUAACAUUUCUUCACCGAUCCUCCCUUCAGGGCAAUCUUCACCGAAGACAGAAUACAUGAAAGGAAAAGCGGCAAUGGUCCAGCCCCGGGGCCUUCCCGGAAGAGAAACCCGGACAGGACAGGACCGGCACGGCGGGGCGCGGCGGCGCCAUUCUGAAAUCGAUUAAACCUACCGGUCUACGGUAGAAAAAAUAAAAGGAUUCAUCAAACGCCACGGUGCCGCGCUCGAUCUCUUUCCACCACUCUCUCGUUGUCAGGUAAUCUGGAUCACCAGGUAUAACCUUGCUGCAUAACCUUGCCUCCCCGUGAACUUCGCCUUUGCCGGACAGAGCCGUGUAAAUAGCAACAGAACGAAACCGCUCGACUCGCUCGACCGGAUCAUCGUGUUCCCGAUCACUUUCUCCGGAACGAUGGGCAACCGUGGUAUCAAGUAAGAUCGCCAGGAGGCGAUCGUAGGAGGUGGACAACAGCAAGGAAGAAGGAGAACGGACGUAGCGAUGGGUUCAAUUUCCUCUUGAUACCAUGGAAAGUAUUCAAUCAAUUAAUCUCAUGGGAGUUCAACACCUGAAAUAUAAUGUAACUGGUUAGAUUAAAAAAUAGUUAGAUAAAAUUGAAAUUGUUUACAUUAAAUAGAUGAUAAUGUAAAAUUUGUAAAAAUAGAAUUGACCAACUGAUAGAUUACAAGAUGAAUUUCAUCAAAUUAAUUGGAACUUGGAUUCAGAAUUCAGGGAGAAGACACGAGUGUAUUCAUCAUCAUCAUCAUCAUCAUCAUCAUCAUAUAUUCAUCUCAAUAUCACCGACAGACAGCCAAAGAUCUGAAAAUAAAAGUUAAAGUGUGAAAUACAAGUAAAAGUCUUUUUGCACAAUGAACAAGAUCGGCCCCAUCGCUAUCCAAGGUACGAGCUUUUCGAAACGCGAGUCCGUUGGGACCCACCACCAUCGCGACUUCCUUUCCUCCAACUAUGCGAACUACCUCCUCCACCAGGACGACUUUACCACCACCUUCGCAGUAUCUGGCCCAGCACACCACGAUAGCACUGGGGGAGGAAUACGUGCCUAUAUAACUACGGCGUUCCGCUGAUUGGGCGAAGUAACUUACGUUUUCCUGCACUUAGGGAACAAGAGUACGCAGCCCGAGCCCGACGGGCGGCAUUGCGAGAAAAUAUGAGGAUUCGCCCGGGAUGCGCGGCUGCACUAGUGGUGCUACUGCAAGUCGCUCUGGUGGCGAGCAAGGCAUUGGAUCAGAAUCAGCUGCAACAGCAGAAGUCUCAGCAGCAAAUACCAUAUGGCACAGCGGCUCAGAAGCGAUGGGGUGGUGACGCAGGUGGUCAUGGUGGAGAUGUAGGUACUGGCUAUGGUGGAGACUUUGGUGGUCACGGUGGAGACUUCGGUGGCCACGGUGGAGAUUCAGGAGGUUACGGUGGUGACAUUGGCGGCGGCUAUGGUCAUUCCGGAGGUGGUGGUGGUGGUGACAUUGGCGGUGGCUUUGGCCAUUCUGGAGGUGGCGAUAUCGGAGGUGGCGAUAUCGGAGGUGGUGACGCCGGUGGAGCAGGGGACGAACACCACGAUGACCAUCAUCACGACCAUGGUUACUGGAAGAAGAAGCUGAUUUGGAAACCAGGCUGGAAGAAGAUCUGGAAACCGGCUAAGAAACAGAUUUGGAAACCUGCGUGGAAAAAGAUCUGGAAGCCCAUAUGGGUGCCAACGCAGAAGGCUGUAUGGAAGGACAUUCAGGUACCAGCUUGGAAGAAAAUUUGGAAACCCGUAUGGAAAGAGAUCCAAGUACCAGUGUGGAAAGAAAUUCAAGUACCAGCGUGGAAGAAGGUCUGGAAGCCUGUUUGGAAGCCCAUCAAGGUUCCAGCGUGGAAAGAAAUACAGGUACCUGCAUGGAAAAAGAUCUGGAAGCCCGUUUGGAAGGAAAUUCAAGUGCCAGCUUGGAAGGAAAUUCAGGUACCCGCUUGGAAGAAGAUUUGGAUCCCAGAGUGGGUGAAAAUUGGCAUUCCAGGUGAACAUUACCACGGCACCGAUCACCACGGCUGGGAAUACACCAGUCACGACCUUUGGAAGAAGAAACUGAUCUGGAAGCCGCUUUGGAAAAAGUAUUGGAAACCGGCUAAAAAACAAAUCUGGGUACCAGACAAGAAACUCGAGUGGGUAGAAGCUUGGAAACAAAUCUGGAAGCCAGCAAAGAAACAGAUCUGGGUGGAUGACAAGAAGUUGAUCUGGAAGGAAGAGUGGAAGCAAAUCUGGAAACCAUCCAAAAAGCUGAUCUGGGUACCUGAUAAAAAAUUGGAAUGGAAGGAAGCUUGGAAACAAAUCUGGAAGACGGACAAGAAGUUGGAAUGGGUGCCGGAUAAAAAGUUAUCCUGGAAGGAGGCUUGGAAACAGAUUUGGGUACCUGCCUGGAAAGAAAUUUGGGUACCAGCUUGGAAGAAGAUUUGGAAACCCGUCUGGAUUUCGGAAUGGUUCCCUGCAGAGGACCAUCAUCCGCAUCAUCACGGAUGGGAGGAUCGAAAGGACAGUAGUCAAGCUCAAGGUAGCCAGGUUGUACCGUAUAGUUCCGAAGCAUCAGCUAAGCAGAACGCUCAAGGCCAGCAGCAACAACGUCAGGUCGAUGAAAAUAAGGUCAGGUGGGACAGAUCGUCCAAGACGGAAGCUCCAUCGCUCAGCCAGGACUUGGUACCUCCACCAGCGCCGACCAAUCAAAGCAGCGCGAACUUCGCCUUCCCAAAACGCUGAUAAAAUUGAGUAAAGCUUGUACAAACAAACAAUUUUUUUCAUAGAGUAUUGUAACAUAAGCCGCUGUAUAUAUUACCUUACUUGUACGAUAGAUAAGUUUUAGGGAGUUAAGUUUCUGGAGAAUCUAAUCGACUGACACGGCCCUUCUUCCCAGUUGUUUCAUUAAGGUGCCCACGUAUGACCCUAAUCCUAAGUUCUAUCAUUAUGUAUAUUAUCUUCUUCUUUUUAUACACGUUGUUGUUACCUUUCUUUGUUAACCACUGCCGUUACAAAUAAAGUUGAGUAAUAUUUUGUUA